GCUCCUGCUGCUAAGGUUCCUUCUUUUCCUCCUUAGCUGCUUCGGACAGAGGGCAAGAGGAUGAACCGGCAGGCAGAUGCAGUGGAGAAGAGGGGGCCGUAUAUCCUGAGCAAGCAGCCCUCCAUUCAUGCCAAGCUGCAGCGGCAGCGUGAGCUGGCGAAGGCGGCGCUGCGGAGGCAAGGCCUGCUGGGGGGAACUGCUUCACACCCACCGAAGGCAGCGGCGAAAAGGCCAGUGAAACUUAAGGGCUACACGGCGCUCAGCCAAGUGCCUGACGAACACUUGGUAUCGCUCGACUCGGACAGUGACGGGGAGUUGGAAUCAAGAUGUUCCUCUGGCUACUCUUCCGCUGAGGUAAACCAGGAUCUGAGCCGGCAGCUGCUGCAGGAUGGCUACCAUCUAGAUGAGGUCCCGGAUGAUGAAGACCUGGAUCUCAUUCCCCCUAAACCUGUUGCCUCCUCUUCUUGUCCGUGUUGCUUUGGAGACUCUCUGUCCUGUGUGAUCCAGUAGGUGCUGCCCGGUUGGGCUGAGCGGAACAGGUCGUGAGCCAGCACUCCUUUGUCCCUUGGGGUGUUUGUGAGUGUCAGUGUCCCACACUGGGACAGUGACUCAAAAACUGGAUGCUGCUACACUGCUGUGCUGCUGCUCUUGGGGAGCAGCAGCAACUGACCAACCCCAAACUUUUUGUUAUGCAUUAGCAAUAUAUAGCAGAGAUUGCACAGCAACGGCUAGCCUGCCUGCAUGACACUUUGCCAGGCAUGAGAAGCUCUUAGUUGAGGUGGGGAGAAAAAAAGAAAUAGAAGUAGGUGGCCUUCUGCUUGUACUCAUGGUGAGGGUGAACUGCUGYUGUGCAGGAGCUGCCAGCCCCACAUCAGCUCUGGAGAUGGAGGAUUAARGAACUCAGUUAUUAGGUCAGGCACUAGCCUUUCCCUUUUCUGUGGAGAUGACUGAAGAAGCCUUUUCUAUUUAUUUAUCUUAUGCUCAGCACAGUUAGCUCUCCCCAYGGCUGCAUGAGGUUGAAGCACAGAGGUCAGAGUGCUUGGGAAGUGCUGCUGCAGGAGAGCUGCUUAAUUAAUGCACUUAAUGCUGUGUGUAAG